AUGCCAGUCAACAAUGAGAUUGCCGGCAAGCUUGCCUUGAUCACCGGAGCAAGCGGUGGCAUUGGAGCAGCUUGUGCACGAGACUUGUUCGCCAGUGGAGCAGCUCUGGCUUUGACAUAUUCGUCAAAUAAAGCUUCAGUCGACCAAUUGAUAGAAGAACUCAGGCCAAAUGCCAAUGGGCGCAAGCUCACUGCCCACAAAGCCGACAUGGCCUCGGACGAUGACUUGAAGCGACUUUAUGAUGAAAUUCGGGCCGAACAUGGUCAAGGACCAGAUAUCCUGGUGGCGAACGCCGGCUACGGGAAACGUACCUCGGAUAUUUUCGACAUCGACAUCGAGGAGUGGGACUACACUAUCAAUGUCAACCUCCGAGCGAGCUUCAUUCUCACCAAGCUCGCCGUAGCACACAUGAAGGAAAAGAAUUGGGGCCGUAUCAUCUACAUCUCCAGUAUCGCAGCAGGUGGCACAUCAAUCAAUGGCUGUCACUACUCAGCAUCUAAGGCUGGUGUCCAAGGCCUCUCGAAGAAUCUUGCGAUCAAGUUGGCUAAGAACGGGAUUACUUGCAAUGAUGUGGCGCCUGCGAUGAUUACUGGGACUGGCAUGAUUCCCGAUGAGGAGUUCUUGAAGGGCACGCCGGGCGAUGUGAAGAACAUCCCUGUUGGUAGAGCUGGCACGACGCAGGAGUGUGCGAAUGUCGUGACUAUGCUGGCGAAGACGGGGUAUAUGACUGGGCAGUCUAUCUUGAUAUCGGGAGGUCUGAAAUGAGAGGUCUUUUCUGUAGUAGAAUGUGCGAGAGCCAUGACAAGCUGUGGGAAGUUUGUAGAUGACAGUAGAUUUUGCUCGGGUCAAUAUUGAUUCCAUGGCACUGAUGCUCCAU